AUGUUAUUUAAAAAUAUACAAGUUGAAUCUGGUUUAACUAUGCCUUCCGAAGACACCUUACAAGAUAAAUGUGAAGAGCUUCUCUCCAUCGAUGAUGAUUUACAAGUUAAAUGUGAAGAAUUCGAAAACAUUUUACAAGUUCAAAGUGAGGAAUUCAUACCAACGAAAAUUGCUUCACAAGUUAAAUGUGAAGGACCUGUAAUUAAACAUAAAAAUGGUUUAAAAUAUAUUCCCGUAGUUGAUUUGCACUUUCAUAAAUUUCAAUCUGCGAAAAAUCUAGUUAUAAAUACAAUCAAGAAAUCUUAUUUUGCCGAAAUAUCGAGUAUAAGAUUCAUAACAGGACGAGGAAACCAUGUCAAUUCAAAUGGAGAACGAGGUGUUCUUUUUCAAAGUUUUCCAACAAUGAUAUCAGCUAAAAGGGUCAGUAGUUUCGUCAAAGGUUAUAUACAACAUGAUGGUUCUUUUACUGUACUUCUUAAAUUAUCCAAUAAAUCAACAUCUCGUAAUAUAGUCUUUAAUGUAGAUAUGAUUAGACAAGCCGCCUCAAAUGAUGAUGAUGUGGUGGCUCAAUAUAUUCUCGGAUUAAUGUAUAUUGAUGGUAGUAUUAAAAAAGAUGUUAAAGAAGCUUUAAAAUGGUUAAUAAUAUCUGCAGAAAAAGGUGAUAUCAAAUCCCAAUUAUUAGUUGGACAAUUAUAUUUUGAUGGAUCUGAAAUUGAUGAAGAUAGAAAAACAAAAUAUGAAAAAGCUUUCAAGUGGUUUAGCGAAGCAGCUAAACAAGGUGAUAUUAAUGCUCAAUUAAUAAUUGGAUAUUUGUUGCAUGAAGGAACAUUCAUCCCUAAAAACGAAGAAGAAGCUAUUAAAUUAUUUGAGAAAGCUUCUGAACGGAGUGGUAUUAAUGCUCAUUUAAGCAUCGGAUGUUUAUUAUUUGAAGGAAAAGGUGUCACUAAAAACGUUAAAGAAGCUUUUAAAUGGUUUAGUAAAGCAGCUGAACAAGAUAAUAUUGAAGCCCGAUUCGUUCUCGGAUUAAUGUAUUUUUAUGGUGAAGGUGUUGAAAAAGAUGUUAAAAAAGCUUUAGAAUGGUUAAUAAAAUCAGCUGAAAAAGGAUGCAUCAAAUCUCAAUUACUUGUUGGACAAAUCUAUUCCGAUGAGAUUGGAAUUAACAUAAAGAAAAAAGAUAAAAAAGCAUUUAAAUGGUUUAGUAAAGCGGCUCAACAAGGAGAUGCGAAUGCCCAAUUAAUGGUUGGUCGUUUAUUAUACGAAGGAAAAGGUAUUGUUAAAAAUGAUGAAGAAGCUUUUAAAUGGUUUGAAAAAGCAGCUGAACAAGGUGACGUUAAUGCUCAAUUAAGCAUUGGACAUUUAUUAUGCGAAGGGAAUGGUGUUGAGAAAAAUGAUCAAAAAGCUUUUAUAUGGUUUAAAAAAGCCGCGGAACAGAAUAAUGUUGAUGCUCAAUUAAUUAUUGGACAUUUGUUAUAUGAAGGAAAAAGUGUUGAGAAAAAUGAUCAAAAAGCUUUUAUUUGGUAUAAAAAAGCUGCUAAUCAAGGUAAUGCUGAUGCACAAAUUAUUGUUAGUAGAAUGUUUUCUAAAGGUGAAGGGGUUCUACAAAAUAAUGAAAAGGCAUUUGUAUGGAUUAAAAAAGCUGCCGAAAAAGGCAAUCUAGAGGCACAAUUUAGUCUCGGACAAAUGUAUGUUAAAGGCGAAGGGACAAAAAGAAAUAUCAAAAUAGCUUUAGAAUUGUUUGAAAAGGCUGCUGAACGUGGACAUCUCGAAGCUGGAAUUAUUUCUGAAAUUUCAAAACUUGUAAAAUAA